GAAGCUAGUUCAGAGUGACGUCAUUCGCUCACCUGAAAGCACCGCCAUGGUUACGGCUUCAUGGCGGAGCUCUGGUUUUUAUUUUGAAGGAAGAUCCCCACACCGGAAGAGGUGUGAUUGCUGCACGUGUCCCCGCCUCCCUCAGGAAGAAGAAGCUCAUCAGACAAACAACAGCGAAGUGAUGUCGUUCUGCUCUUUCUUCGGCGGAGAAGUUUUUAAAGACCAUUUUAAACCAGGGAUUUAUGUUUGCACCAAGUGUGAUCACCAGCUGUUCUCCAGCCGCUCCAAGUAUGAGCACUCCUCCCCCUGGCCAGCCUUCACAGAGACCGUCCACGAAGACAGUGUGUCCAAACACAAGGAGAGACCUGGAGCGUACAAGGUGCGCUGUGGGAAGUGUGGAAAUGGACUAGGCCAUGAGUUUGUGAAUGAUGGGCCAGCCAAAGGGUUGUCUCGCUUCUGAAUAUUCAGCAGCUCACUGAAGUUCGUCCCUAAAGAUAAGGUUGAUGGACAGUAAGGUGAGCUGGUGGGUGGGGGGCGCGUUGCUGGACUUGGAGAAGUGUCUUUGAGCGGCUGAAGGUGUGGCCAGAGGAUGAGGAGUUCUGGAACAAAGCCCAGUCUGGGAGCACCAGGCCUCUGAAGGAUUGAUGGCCUCACUGGACAGCGAGAACAGAAGACCGGUCUCAGCGCCUUUUUUUAGUAUUAUGCAAUCAACACAAACUCAGUAAACUGGAAAACUUCACUGAUCACACAGUCACUGUCAGUUUUUACGCUGAUUGACAUUGAUAGUCUCUUGUUAUUUUUUUAAGCUAUAUCUAACCGUGAGACUGAAAUCUGAGACUAAAUCUAGUCUUAGGUUAAGAUUUGUAGCUUUUUAACUAAAUCUAAGACUAGAUUUAGGUGCUCAUGUAUUUUUUAAAUUAAAUUGUGUGUUUUAGUUUGAUGGGCUGAAUGUACAAAAUUACGAAAAAUAAAUCACAUUUUCAUUCAAGUGCAAUAAUGCUGAGGGUAAUGCUAGCAGUGUCUCUGGCUACUGGUGUCACUCUUGAAAUGUAACGGUUCAAACUAAGUAAUAUGCAAAUACCAACAGAAAUAAAUAUAUUUGAAUAAAAACAACAUUAAAAUUC